AUGUCUCGCUUUCCCGACAGCUAUUAUUAUGCUUCUAGACAGGAGGAUUACCCGUCGAACUCCUACGAAGACUCGGCUCCCUCUUACUGGUCCUAUGGCCCAUACUAUGCUACUGGGCAAGAGGUCGGACAGCCAGUCCCCCGCGAAUCUAUGGAAAACAUGACUCCAUACUUCAAGGAUGACGGCGUCGGGCUUGGUAUCACGUACCCAGAUUACUCAGAGUACUAUGAUACCACUACCACCCCAACCCCAGACACUUACCACUCAGCGGAGAACACGAGCACAAACUCUCUCUCUCCCCCUCCAAUAGAUCCUCACUUGCUGGGCGAGGAGGAUUCUCUAACUUCUCUGUUCCGGGCAGAUGAAGACCGGGAGGCCCAGCUCAUAAACCCAUAUGCCACUGACGAGGCCGAGGAAAAGAAAGAGGACGAUUGCACAUUUGGACCACAAGCCUGCUUCUUCUGCAACGUUGCCAAUAGUGCACUUAGGCCUUUUCACCCCACGCCGGAACCAGCAUACGAGUAUCAGAACACAGACUCGACGCCAAAGGCAAACUCAAACCCAAAGGCAUUCUCGGCCAGUAGUUUUAGAGAUGAAUACUUGUCUCACUAUUGCUAUAAUGGUCAGAGAAAGUCUGUCACCUCUGGCACUGUGACUUAUGUCAAUGCUGCCGAGGCUGCCCAGGUCGCUGAGAUCUCCCACAUCAAUGAGUUGACUCCUCGCAAUGCUGGUGGUUCUUUUACUCGCAGGUGUCUUGAGAAAGCCGUCAGUCCCAAGACAUACAGCAAGUUCUUCAAACGCGCGGCCAAAAAUUGA